CACGGCGUGCCGUGACAUCACCCUCACCAUUUUCUCCGCUCAAAAGGUUCCGGUUUUGCAACUCUCUCUCUCUCCCUCUCUCGCGGGCUAUAAAGCGAAAGCAAACAACGCGUUGCAGGGCCGACGCUGUACGUACGCUUGCUCUGUUACUCUGUCGCUGCCGUGUCGCUGUGUGUGCAGAGAGAGAGCAGAAGAGAGAGAGAGAGAGAGAGAGAGAGAGAGAGGGAUUGGAUGGAGAAGCUGAGGAAGCUAGGGCAUCUGUUCGCGGCGGUGCUCCUGUACGGAAUGGCCAGCUUCAUGGUGGUCCCGGCCAUCACCGACGUCACCAUGUCCGCCCUCUGCCCCGGCAAGGACGAGUGCUCCCUCGCCAUUUACCUCUCCGGCCUCCAACAGGCGAUCGUCGGAUUUGGGACGGUGAUCUUGACACCGUUAAUCGGGAACCUGUCGGACGAGUACGGACGGAAAGCUCUGCUCACCAUUCCCAUGACAGCCGCCAUCAUUCCAUUGGUGAUAUUGGCAUACAGCAGGGAGACCAAGUUCUUCUACGCCUACUUCGUCCUUAAGACUCUCGCGGCCAUUGUUGGCGAAGGCACCAUCAACUGCCUUGCCCUUGCAUAUGUGGCAGACAACGUUCCGGGGACGGAGCGAGUAUCGGCGUUUGGGAUUCUUUCUGGUGUGCUCUCAGCUGCAUUUGUUUUUGGAACCUUGGCUGCUCGUUUCAUCUCGACUGCUUUGACAUUCCAGGUUGCUGCAGCUGUAUCCAUGGUCGCGGUCGUCUACAUGAGGAUCUUUCUCAAGGAGAGCAUACCGCUAGCAGAUGAAUCGGCACAGCCGAUCUUAAAGGGAUCGGAAACUGAUGUUGACCAAAAUGAUAGCAACUCCGUGGAGAAGACACGCGUAUUCAAGAAGAUACCUUCGAUCGGAGAUCUCAUUAGCUUGUUGAGGAGCAGCAAGAUAUUUGCACAAGCUGCGGUGGUUGCAUUCUUCAACAAUCUCGCAGAGGGAGGACUGCAAACUUCCUUACUGUAUUUCCUGAAGGCUCGUUUUCAUUUCAAUAAGACUCAGUUCGCUGAUCUUAUGCUCAUCGUCGGAGUUGCGGGGACACUUUCUCAGCUGGUUUUUAUGCCGCUGUUGGCACCGGUAUUAGGUGAAAAGAGGUUGCUGUCCAUUGGGCUGUUUGUGGGUUUUUCAAAUAUGUUUCUCUACAGCCUAGCCUGGGCAGCAUGGGUUCCUUAUGCAACCACCGUGUUCUCGCUUUUCGUCGUCUUUGUUUCUCCAUGCAUACGCAGCAUUGCAUCGAAACAAUUUGGCCCUUUUGAACAGGGCAAGGCUCAGGGAUGCCUCUCGGGAAUAAGCUCUUUCGCCAACAUUGUUUCUCCACUGAUAUUCAGUCCCCUCACGGCACUAUUUCUAUCAGACAAAGCGCCUUUUCCGUACCCUGGUUUCAGUCUGCUGUGCAUUGGACUAGCCCUGAUGGUGGCCUUUGUCCAGAGUCUUAUGAUAAGGGCUGUUCCACAGAGUACGGUUAAGGAAGUCUUCACCGAAGACGCGUGAUUUGUGGGAACGACAUGAAAAGGUACCAGUGCGAAGGAAGUGCUGGGCAAGGAGAAAAGACACGAGAAAGGACAACUCAUUAAUGAGUUACAUUCAGUAUCAAAGCGGCGAUAAUGUUCGCUACGCAUAUCGCGUAAAUUGUAAAGUUCAUAGUCUCUCAAACUGGGCAAUAGACAUACAAGGCACAAGGGGAAAGCCGCGUGAUUCCGUAUAUUAUUUCAGAGAACAUGCAGCUUCUCUUUUUAUGCAUGCGAUCGACUGGUAGGCUAGUAGCUUCAGCAAAAGAAAUGGUUCAGGGAGACAAAAAGUAGUAUCGGUGAUACCAGACAACACUUGUCCAUCAGAACAGAGAACUUCAUCAACAAAAGUUUCUUUGUUUUUAUCUCCAUUGACAUUACUUCCAUAGUAUCGACAGCCGUACAUAUUAGGUCUGUU